AUGGACUCCCGUCGACGUCAGCUUCAUAGCUGUGAUCCCUGUCGCAAGGGCAAAAGAGGCUGCGACGCACCUAAAGAACGACAAAAGAAUGCAUUCAGUUCCUGUUCAAACUGCACACGAUGGAAGAAGGAGUGCACAUUCAAUUGGAUUUCUUCAAAAGACCUGGACGCAGGAUCGACAGGAAGUCGAAAGCGGAUAAAGUCCAACACGGGCACAGCCAUCAUAGGCUCAAUUGACGAAGUUCAUGAUGAGAUACUACGCUCUGCACAAACGCAUCCUGCCGAUUUCGGAGAAUUACCAGAAUUGCUUGGCUCCCUUGAACCCUCAGGUUACGCUUCAUCUUCGUCCUCCUCGCACACGGAAAAUCACUUUCUCGAGUCAUCCCGAGUACACAAUUUAACUGAUGCCCAGGGUCAAUUGUCUCCUUGGGAGAUGAAUAUCCCGUACGAUUUACAAAUUAACAACUCAAACCCAUAUGCAUCUCCGGAGUCCUCUGUGGGAUCCGACGCCCAGGCUGGACUUUUUGUUGUGCCACCAAAUUCUGUCGGGAGGCCGUACAGCUUGUUACCACCACGGGAAUAUGGACUCACCCCUCCUCUCGCAUCAACGGGUUCACCGUGGAAACAGAGUCGACAUAAACAUCCAUCUGAAUCUGGGUCUGACCUAAACUCAAACCAAGAGCCACAACUGAACAUUUGCAUUGCUUCCGAAAAUGCAGCUAAGCAAAACGCUCGUGCAACGAUGUCACGCAACUUGAUCCGCAUUUAUCACGAUAGCAUGGAGAAUGCUUUGUCAUGCUGGUUGACUGAGCACAACUGCCCUUACAGCGACACAAUCAGUCAAUUGUUUCCUCAUCGAGAGAUGCAAGAAUGGGGUCCGAGCUGGUCAAACAGAAUGUGUAUUCGGGUUUGUCGGCUAGAUCGUGUAUCAACCUCAAUACGCGGUAGAGCUUUAAGUGCAGAAGAGGAUACGAAGGCGGCUCGAGCGCUUCAUCUGGCGAUUAUGUCGUUCGCAUCGCAGUGGACUCAACAUGCACAGAAGGGCACUGGUGCGUCGGUUCCCUCGGCAAUCGACUAUGAUGAGAGAUCUAUCCGAGAGAAAGUUUGGAAUGAGGCACGACACGCUUUGGAAUAUUCGAGCACCAUCCCGUCCUUCCGUGUCGCGUUUGCAAACAUAAUUUUCUCUUUGACGCAAAGUCUGCUAGACAGAGGACAGGAAGUAAGCUUGGGUGAGCUUUUGGACAAUGAUCGCGCACCUAUAUAUCUAGAAACUGCCAAUCGUCAAAUCUUCACUUUCCGACACAAGUUCACAAGAUUGCAACGAGAGGCUGCCAUUAAAAUGAGAGAGCUUGGGGGGUCUCGAUCGACCCGACAACGGCAAACGCUCCAGGGAUUCAACAACCUUCAGAGCCUCGGCAAAUCGAUCCACUUCUGGCUAGCCAAGAACACCGCACUACGAUAG